UCAUUGUGCGCCUUAUGCGUGGCUAAUGCAGUGGUGUGUUGGAUUAGAUACGUGAGAAGCCUAGCGAAUUACAUACCUCCCUCCUUUAUUCGCUGCAGUGUUUAGUUGGAAGGUCAUUUUGGGGGCAGAAUCUACCGCCUGCCUGACUGCCUUACUGCUACAUUGGUAGGCCCUGGUGUGGCUAUGCCGAAUGCAAUCUAUGCUAUGUAUUGCUCACUCCCUCCCGCCCACCGUAUCGAGUUUCAUUCAAAUAUUAUCGACAACACCAAAUGGCAGAGAUUAUCGGACUCAUUGCGAGCAUUGGCACCAUUGCCUCUGCAGGAUUUGCAGUGGCAAAAGCCAUUUCUGACCUUGCAGACGAGUUGGGCUCCGCGGGCAAAAAUAUCAAGGUCAUCUCCGUCGACACUAAGGCCGUGGCGCUAAUUCUCCAUGAAAUGAAACGACGUUUAGACAAGUCGACUAGAAUUACGCAACAGACACUCGACAUCGCCUGCGAGAUUGCAAGCUUAUGCAAAGCAGAUCUUGAGAGCAUCAAGCAAUUCCUGCUACCAGUGUUACCAGCAGGUGGGGAUAAGAUGAGCAUGGUACAAAAAGCCAAAUGGAUCUUUGUCAAAGCCAAAGUCUCAGCGAAAAGAGUUUCCUUAAACUCCUUAAAACUAACCAUCACCCUUUUCCUACAUACAUUGGAUUUCAUCGAAGGAGAUCUAUUGGAUGAGGAAUACACGAAAGAUGAGAUCAAAAACAUCGCUGAAGAGUCUAAAAAAACAAAAUCAGCAUUCCUUGCUGCCGAGCGAUUCGAUCAAACUUUGGAGCGGGCUUAUGCCGCAACUCUAUCUUCCAAUCCCAGUACAGGUGAUGAGAAUGCAGACUUACUUAUUCAAUUGCUUCAUCACCAUGACCAGGUGGAGGGAGAUGGCACCGGGGUAUUGAAGCGGCUUGGUGGUCAUGAGGGAGAUAUAGAUUUCAGUACAAAUUUGUUGCAGACAAAUCAGCAUUCCCAACCGAACAGUCAACAGUCCAAUUUUCAAACGGAGGAAAGUUUAUCGGAUGACCAGUUCCUGCAAAUUGCGUGGCACAUUCGCACACAGAAAAAUGUUGCUAGCUAUGCUUCAGUUGUACUUGAGAAGGGAUACCAAGAGAGAGAGAUCACCCGUUCUGAACACCAUCGCGAGGCAGAGGGGCAGUCGAAUACAUCUCAGAACUCUUCGGCAAACCAGCAUCAAAGUGUCCAUCUUCAUUCGCCCCAAGACCUUCCAGACGAUGAUCGAGUUAGCCGCAUUAGCGACGCCGAUGAACAAAUAUCACAACGGAACAAAUCGGAGAGUGAUUCCAGUCCCGCCCACAAAGCCCCAAGUGUAUCAUUCUCAGAUCUGGAUGUACACUGUGGCUCUUCACCAUUUAAGAUCACGUUUCAACACCAAUAGUAACUUCGAUGCUUCCGCACGUCCCAGCGAAAGGAUUCAUCCAGUGCUAUACAGCCACGAUGAUCACGGGGCAUCGCCCUUCGUGAGAUCUCAUGGCCAUGGGAGUGAUGGUAGGGCCU